GUAAUAACUUGCCAUCGAUAAACUCUAUUAGUUGUUCCGGGUUCAAGAAAAAGCCAAAGGCGAAGGGACACGUCUAUCAGUGUUAUUUUCCAAUCAGAAAGUAGUGCAACAGCGGUCAAGUUCUUCACACAUAGAAAGCAACUAUGAUUGUCGUCAAGUUAAUGGUUAUCUUGACAUCCCAGCUGGGAAUUCUCCAACAGGGGGCAGCCGAAGAUACAGGACAAGACAAAACUAUGGCAACACAACAACAACAGCAACGACAAGAUCUGUCCACGGACUUCUCUGUUCUAGCUGGAAUAAACAAUGAGUUUGCAACAGACAUUUAUCAGUUGCUUUCUAAGGAUGCUCCCAGCAAUGCAAAUAUCUUCAUAUCACCUUUCAGCAUCCUUAGCGCCAUGGCGAUGACUUAUGCUGGCAGUCGUAACGAGACCAAACUCCAAAUGGACAGAGUCUUACGAUUUGGCAAAUACAGUGGGGAGGAUCUUCACAGCUCCUUUCAGACUCUAAAUUCAGCAUUGUUUGGAAAGAAAGAUAAUUGCACCUUAGAGUGUGCCAACAAGCUAUUUGCCCGGAAAGGAUAUAAUUUCUUACAGGACUAUUUGGCACUGACGAGAUCUUUCUAUGGGGCUGAACUUGAAGUGAAGGAUUUUGAUGCCAAACCAGAGGAGGCUCGUCUUGAAAUCAACCAGUGGGUGGAAGAGCAGACAGCUCAGAAAAUAAAGAACCUGCUGCCAGAGGGCGCUAUAAAUUCUUUGGUUGCCAUGGUUCUCGUCAAUGCAGUUUAUUUCAAGGGAAACUGGGCCAGUCAAUUUGAUCCAAAGCAAACCCAGAAAGCACCAUUUCAGCUGACCUCAACAAAUAAGAUAAAAGUCGAUAUGAUGUACCAAGAAAGUGAAUUUCCACUUGGAUAUAGCACGGAGCUUGAGUGCCAAAUCCUGGAGAUUCCAUAUGUCGGAAAGAACUUGAGCAUGCUGAUCUAUCUCCCAGACAAGAUUGAUGGUCUGAAAGACUUGGAAUCCAAGAUGACUUCGAGCCUCCUAGAGACCACCGCCAGAGAUCUUUUUCCAGAUACAGUAAUGGUAAAAUUGCCCAAGUUUAAGCUCACAGAAGAGUAUCGCCUCCAUGAAAAGUUGGGCCAGAUGGGAAUGCCAGACUUGUUCACAGAAGGCGUGGCUGAUUUAUCUGGAAUGGAUGGCACCAGAAUGUUGUUUUUAUCCCAGGUGCAUCAUAAGGCUUUUAUUGAUGUCAACGAGGAAGGAACAGAGGCGGCGGCGGCGGCAACAACAGUAACAAAUGAUUUUGCAAUGCCAAGGGACAUAACCUUUGUUGCUGAUCACCCAUUUUUGUUUUUCAUCCGUGAUAAUAUAUCGGGCGCUGUGUUGUUUAUGGGCAGGUUACAGAUGCCUGCUGGUCCCUCUGUGAAGGAUGAACUGUAGCAAGGUCACUUAUUGCUGUUGAACUUUGGUUUUGCAUGUACCUGUAACUCUGAUGACAAAAUGAGAUUCAAAACAGUGGACUUACAUUUUUUGCUGAUUGUAAAAUUUUGAUAGAUAACUGCUGGAUGGAUUCAUUCUUUCAUUUGCAUCAUGAUUGUUAAUUUCAUUGCUCUUGUUACAAUUAAUUAUACCAGUGAUUUAAUGUUGUGAAAGAUUAUAUCAAAAAAUACAUAAUUAUCAGUGGUAGGAUAGCUUUAUUCUACAGUACAUACUUGUGUACCAGAUAGCAUACUACUGGGCAGUAAUUAAAUGUAUAGAUUAAAGAUCUAAUUUUUGCCGAUGACUGUAAACAAGUGAUGUUUGCUUUAUUAUUUUCUGUUUACCUUGGGCCAGAUAAUACGGUUAUUUCAGGACUUUAUUACUGUACUCUGGUAUUGUAUUGUUAUGUGCUGGUUCACUGCAUACUGAAUUGAAUCACUCUUUUUCUGAAAAAUGAUAUAUAUACUAGUAGAUGUAGGUUGACUUAAUGAAAAAAAAUCAGUUUUAGAGACAAAUCAUUUUUGCCUAGUGUAUUCAGAUUUUUAGACUUAAUUCAUAUACACUGUAAAAUACGGAUUCAUAUUUAUUCAGACCUAUUCAGAUUUCUCGAGAGAAAAGUGGAGUACGUAGGCACGUGGACAAUCACUCGUGUCUCACCUAACACAUCACACUUGUCUCACCGAACACAGGAUGAUUGUGUUCUUCUGCGUGUUCAGGGUGGUGGAAUAUCCGUCAUAGUAUGGUGCGGUUUCUCAUACGAUGAAAACUUGCCACUGUACGUCAUUCAAGGGAGGUACCCUGGUCAACAAUACAGAGACGAAAUACCAUUGGGGCGCAUACAAUUACACAUUCAAUCACAUUCAGAAAGAAAAAUAAUUUUGGUGCAGGACAAUGCGCCCAUCCAGAAAGCACAGUCCGUGCAAGACGAGCUGCAACAGCACGGUAUCCCACAUUUGGAUUGGCCUGCAUAUUUACCAAUUCUCAAUGUAAUCGAACAUACUUAGGAUAUGAUUGACAGGGCAGUAAAUGAGGGACAACCUCCAGUUAGAAACAUUAAAGAGGUCCAGCAGGCAGUAAAUGAAGAAUGGAAUCGGCUCCCAAAGCAAGAGUUGCAGAAUUUGGUGGUGGCAAGUUGCAGGAGACAAUGAAAAGCUGUUGUUCAAAACCAGGGAAGGC